CUUCUGCUGUGGAGAGAAAUGAAACCUCUGAAAAGGCUGAAAUGCAGUCGUCUUGUGUAAAAGAUCUGAGACAGCAGGCGGGAACCUUUGGGAAGCAAUGCUGGGGGGGAGUGCCAGAGACUUCGUUGAGCAUAAAUCAGUAGCCCGAGUAAUUUCUCUGAACCAAUCAGAUUAGACAUUGCAAAAGGGGUUUCCACUGUUUUCUUCCGGGACGCUGCUGUCAACCGAAAAAUGGCUUCUCUUGACAGAGUAAAAGUAUUAGUUUUAGGAGAUUCCGGGGUGGGCAAAUCAUCCUUGGUCCAUCUUCUAUGUCAGAAUCAGGUGUUAGGAAAUCCAUCAUGGACUGUUGGUUGCUCUGUGGAUGUACGGGUUCAGGACUAUAAGGAGGGAACCCCAGAGGAGAAAACCUACUACAUUGAACUCUGGGAUGUUGGAGGAUCUGUGGGCAGUGCCAGCAGUGUCAAAAGCACCAGAGCGGUCUUCUACAAUUCAGUUAAUGGAAUUAUAUUGGUACAUGAUUUGACAAAUAAGAAAUCCUCUCAGAAUGUUUACCGCUGGUCACUAGAAGCUUUGAACAAGGAUUCCUCUCCAACAGGAGUUAUUGUCUCAAAUGGUGACUAUGAUAGAGAGCAGUUUGCUGAGAACCCCGUGCCUUUGCUGCUAAUUGGCACCAAGUUUGACCAGAUCCCAGAGAACAAACGCAAUGAAGUUCUCAACCGAACAGCCUUCCUCUCUGAAGACUUCAAUGCAGAGGAGAUCAAUCUCGACUGCACCAACCCACGAUAUCUUGCUGCAGGUACAUCAAAUGCAGUGAAGCUUAGCAGGUUUUUUGACAAGGUAAUAGAGAAGAGAUAUUUCACAAGAGAUCCAAGUCAGAUGACGGGUUUCACGGACAGAAAACGCUUCAACUUCAAAAGUUUGCACUAUGACUGACAAGGCCUGAAUGCUACAGCUGCGGUCUAGGUUUAAUCAUAGUGCAUGUGGGCUUUUACACCACAACCAUCACACUCACUGAAACACUUUCUGUAUCUGUACUCCCUUUGCCCACCACUGUUAAACUGCCAUUUCUCCCAUAUGCUAUUCAGUCUAAAAGAAUUUUCAUCCGAACACACAAAAAAGUAGAAUUUUUAAAUGACUUAAAUGUAAAUAUUUACAUGGUUGACAAAACAUCACACAUGAGUUUUGCAAAAAGGAAAUGAAGCUUAUUUCAGAAAUGAAGGGACAUGCUGUAGCACGAUGAUGUGAAAGGACAUAGGCACAUGUUAUAAAUGUACAGUGAGAUUUUGUGUUAAACUACUCAAUUUCCACAAUUCUUUAAUGCCAGAUUUUUUCAGUACAAGGAAAUGUGCUGUUUUUUCCCCAUUUCUGUAUGAACAUUCACAUAUACCAGCUUCAUUAAUUCCUUUUUCAAACUAAAACCAGUUUAUUAAGCCGUGUUAUUUAAUAAGCAGAAAGGGCAAUAUUCACAGCCUCUUAAUAGUGGCUUAUGCAACAUUCCCCUUAUCUCUGCAUGAUUUUGUUAAUCCAGGGAAGAAAGAAAUUUAUUUUAGUGAAGACAUGAGGAUACUUGGGAUUAUUACAAUCAUCUUUGAAAGUAAAAGCUGUUAUACCAUGAGGCUUGUUGUUGCAGAUGAGUGGUCCGCCAGAAUCACCCUAGGAAAAAGGCAACAAAUAGACUUGAUUGAGUAGUCUGUGGAAAGAUGAUAAUUGUUUUUCAUAAAUAAAAGAAAAUAGUUUGUGAA